AUGAAAUUCACCACCUCUCUUCUUUCCGCCCUCUCGCUUGGUCUGUCUCUUGCCGCACCCCAUGGAGGCCACUCAACACCAGCAAACACAACGACCACUACCGACAGUGUCGGCACCUCAGACACCGUAAAUAUCCUCGACGAAACCCCCGGCUCCGGUGGCAGCUGGGAUGUUAUUAUCUCCGAAGAAGACCCGCGCACCCUGGACGACAUGCUCACAGCUAUGAACCUCACUGUACAAGACGUAACCAACAUCUACAACAACAGCGCCUUCAAGGGCUUUUCCGCCUCGCUUUCGAGUCACUGCGUAAACCAACUAGAGGUCCUCUCCUCAGGCUGGAAGACAUAUCAACCCCAGGUGGAAGUCAAGCUUCACGACUCAACAGAUGGAACAUGGGGGUUGAAGCGUGUCUCACAAGCAGAUAAGGUCCAGGUCGCCUCGGGUCAGACCAUCCGGGACUUUGACUUCACAUCAUACGAGUUUGACGGUGCUGUAAAUACCUUGGGUGCUGGUGUUGACAUUUACAUCGUGGAUACUGGUGUCGACAUCACUCAUGUCGAUUUUGACAAUCGUGCCACUUUUGGCUUCAGCUUCGACGGUACCGAAACCGACGAUGUCGGCCACGGCACUCACUGCGCGGGAACAGCAGCAUCUACAACCUUCGGACUUGCCAAAGCUGCCAACAUUAUCGCCGUACGCGUGCUGUCGGCCGAAACUGGUAACUCAAACAACAUUCUCGCCGGCGUCGACUUUGUCAUGCAACAACACGACCAGCGCAAGACCGCCGCCGAUUUCAAGGGAUCGGUAAUUAGUAUGAGUCUUGGCACGUCCGGCGUCAGUGACGCUAUUGAUGAGGUCCUGAAGAAGGCAAGUGAGAGUGGGGUUCACAUCAGUGUUGCAGCAGGCAAUGAUGAUGUCGACGCUUGUCUCACCAGCCCUGCACUUGCUAGUCAGGGCACCGAUAUCUUGAGCGUGGGUGCGGUGGAUAUCAAUGAUGAGAGAGCCACAUUUUCGAACUUUGGCGCCUGUGUCAGCACUUAUGGACCCGGAGUGGAUGUGACGAGCACCUGGAUUAAGGAUCCUACACUUCCCAACAUUGUCAACCCUAUCAAUACCAUCUCCGGUACUUCUAUGGCUACACCCCAUGUGACUGGCCUCAUCGCCUACCACCUUGGGCUAAACUCCUCCCUUGCAACAGACACAGCAGCGAUGAAGGCGCUCAUCGUCGGAAGUUCGCUCCCAUUCCAGUCGGACAAGAACGCCCCAGACCCAGCCAUCUUGAUCAAUAACGGUAUCCUGAAACAGUGA